CCGCUCUACAAAGGCGUAUGUUUGUUUGUUUGUCUGCAUGACAACACGCGCAGUUCAUAUUGAACUCGUUGGUGAUUUGAGCACAGGUGGUUUCUUGGGUGCUUUCAAACGCUUUUUGUCUCGCCGGGGUCCCGUAAGUCACAUUUAUUCGGACAAUGGCACAAAUUAUAUUGGAGCUAAACGGAUGCUUUCCGAGUUGCAUACGUUUUUGAGCUCAAAAUAUUUUCGUACAGAGUUCGCUCACAUUUUAGCUGAAAACCGCAUUAAUUGGAUUUUGAAUACGCCCGCAGCAAGCCAUUUCGGCGGCAAUUGGGAAACCAAUGUAAAGAGCCUUAAGUCUCACUUAUACCGCGUUAUUGGUGAGCAAAUUCUUAGUUUUGAAGAGUUGAGUACAGUGCUUGCGCAAGUAGAGGCUGUAAUGAACAGUAGACCGCUGUGUAGGACGCUCUCUAGCGACCCAUCUGAGCCUUUAGCUUUGACUCCCGCGCAUUUUCUUACUUUGACGCCGCUUAAGUAUUUGCCCGCUAGAAAUAUUGAUGAAGAUAGAUUACAUCUACUUUCGCGACACUCUUUGUUAGAUAGAUUGGUUCAAUCGUUUUGGAAACGAUGGAAGUCUGAGUACUUGCAUACUUUGCAGUCGCGACAGAAGUGGAACACGUCUGCUAACCCUAUCACUGUCGGGACUGUUGUAGUUCUCUCCACAGAGAACGUACCACCGCUUCAUUGGCCCUUGGGCAUAGUUGAGGAAGUUUUUCCGGGUUCUAAUGGGGUCACUCGCAUUGUCCGCGUCAGGACUACAACCGGAUCAUAUCUACGCCCGGUUAUACGUCUCUGUCCCUUACCUAAUCAGUAAGACUUCUCUCGCAAGCAAGUUAGGUUAGGAAUUUAGUUUAGUUUAGAUUAGUUACAUGCCUCAUUGGAAUUUUGUUUGAAGGUGAUCCUUCAAGAGGGGGGGGAAUG